UACAUGUUCAAAUACGCUCUGUGCUGUUUUGGGUCUGUAGCUGUGCGUUACAUCCGGAGAGACAUCAUUCCGCUAUGUCAUGCUCCUCAUGUGACGUCGCGGCGGUUUCGGGCAAGGACCGAAAGAGUUAAUGCCCAGGGCGCCUCUGAUUGGAUAAGGAAAGCGUUUAUGGAGUGAAUGAGAGAAAGCGAGAGGAGGGAGAGAGACACAGGCAGGCAGUAAACACUCAACCAGGCGGAAAGAGCAGCGAGCCCCGGCUCGCCGCAAUCAGGGGACGUUGUCGCUCUGCCCGGAAGAGAAAAGGAGGAACCAGGUCAAAUCGAUUCAAACGGGGGGGAUUUUUUUUUUUCAUUUCGAAAAUUUCAGGCGGCUGUGAUUCGGAUGGGGCGUGUGACGUCGGAACUCCCCGGUAACGUUAAAGAGAACGCUAGUGUAGCUAGCUAGCCACCUCGCUAAAUGGACAUCGGAGGAACUCCGCCGGGCGCGGUCAGUAUUGUAGUGAUUGUAUCGGAGAAUUUAUGUGCUUCUCGUGUUGGGUGAAAGGGGAGACCGAAGGAGACGUCGUGGGGAGGGAGAAGACGGGCUGAAGCAUGUCUUUACGGCGCCCUUUCCGUCUCCCGUCCGUCACAAUGAUGAGGACGCUUUUAGCAUUCGGUUGUCUCUUCUCGGUAACGAGAGGAGUGGACCGGCAGACGCCAGCAGCGGACAGGACUCUGUCAAAUGACAACAACAUGACGGCCGACGGCGACAGAAGGUACAUAAAUAUCGGGGACGGGACCUCGCAGGAAUUUGAAUUUCCCGAGAACACCAAGGGAGUGAUUGUAAUCUCCAGCCAGUACCGGAGCGCCGCGGGGCGGAAAGGCAGGGAGAGCUGGAGGCAGACGGUGAAUGUGCGCUCCCUGGACCCGGAGGUUCUGUCCAUCCUCAACGUGAGCGACAGCGGGCGCGAGGGGCCGGUGAGGAGCUACGUCAUCGGCAUCAGGUCGGGCGUGGCGGGGCGCGCGCGGCUACUCAUCCAGCUCCUCGACCUGGACCAGGACUCCGGGCCUGUUGUGGUGGAGGAGCGGUCCGACUACUCCAUCAGAGUGUCCCCGGACAGCGACGACCCGGCGGCCCGGCGCGUCCAGUCCGGGGGGCUGUCCCACUUCUCCGAGAACCCGGUCCUGUUUGCCUUGCUGCCGCUCAUCUUCAUCAACAAGUGUGCCUUUGGCUGCAAGGUGGAGGUGGAGGUGCUGCGGACCCUGGGGCGGCGCCCUGUGCCUGUGCUGUUGGGUGUGGCCGGGCAGUUUCUGGUCAUGCCUCUGUACGCCUACUGCCUGUCCAGGCUGGCCUCCCUGCCCACGCCGCUGUCUCUCGGGCUGGUCAUCACCUGCUCCGCCCCGGGGGGCGGGGGUGGCUACCUCUACAGCCUGCUGCUGGGUGGGGAUGUCACGCUGGCCAUUUCCAUGACGCUAGUCUCCACGGUGGUCGCGGCGGCCAUGAUGCCGCUGUCCUCGGCGCUCUAUGGGCGCCUUCUGGGCGUCCACGCCGCCUUGCACGUGCCCUUCAUCAAGAUCCUGGGCACCCUCCUCUUCAUCGCCAUCCCCAUCUCGCUGGGCAUGCUGGUGAAGCUGCGCCUCCCGGGCCUCACCCGUGCCCUGCUGGCCCUGAUCCGCCCCUUCAGCUUCGUGCUCAUCGUGGGCGGCAUCUUCAUGGCCUACCAGAUGGGGGCGUCCAUCCUGGCGGACGUGCGGCCGCCGAUUGUGGCGGCGGGCGCCAGCGUGCCGCUCUUCGGCCUGCUGCUGGGCUAUGGCAUGGCGUGGGGGGCGGGGCUGGCCACGCCCCACCGCAGGACGGUCAGCAUCGAGGUCGGGGUGCAGAACAGCCUCCUGGCGCUGGCUGUCAUGCAGCUGUCCUUCCGCCGGGUGGAGGCCGACUUCGCCUCACAGGCGCCCUUCAUCGUGGCGCUCAGCAGCACCUCCGAGAUGCUCCUCCUCGUCCUCGCCCACUUCGCCCACCGCAGGCUCCGCCCCGCUGCCCUGACGGACGUCUGACGAGCCAAUGGCCGAUUGUACUGACUCAAACCUGUGCCCAACACCCGCGUACACACUGCACACUGGUAUACACACACUGUACACUGAACAGUGAAGAAAGUAUUUUUUUGUCUUGAAACCAAAGGCCUUUUUCUCCUUUUCUGAGUCCUUUUUUCUUCAUUUCUACUGAGACGUGCCCUGUGUAAAUAUACACAAGGAGAGAAAUGCUGAGAUAUUUUUCUACCAGACUGCCAGUUUUUUCUAAAUGAAAUGAUUAAUAUUUGUAUUAUGUUUACAGCUCUGUGCGUUCCAGAAGUGGCACUGGGAAGUGGGAUUGUGCUCGGGUGUUUCAGGACUAAAAGGAGGUUCAAUGUACUUGAAUACUGACUGUGAAAAAGAGAUUAAAAUAAAAGCUUUGAAAAGAUUCAACUGGAACAGUGUGCUAAUUAGAGGAGGUUACAGCACAAAGAGUCAGCGUCAAGUGAGCAAAAUCCAGGGGGUAUUUGCAUUUGAGUGCGUUCACGCUGAUAAGCAAUCCGCCAAGAUCACAGCCAUGUGUAAUCUAUGAUAUGGAAAGUUUUCAUCUUUUAUCAAAACAAACACUUUUCUAUUUUGGUGCUGUUGCUUUUUGUUAUUCACUUGUGUUCCAAAUAGGCAAAUUAGGCCUGCCAAUUAACCAUGUGUAAUAUUGACUCAUUCUCCAGUAUUCUGGUACCUCGUCAGGCCAUUUCUAUUUUAAAAAAUAAGGCUGCUAUCAAGAUCACAAGACAGAAAAUGCUAGCAAAAUUAUAUGCUGGAAGUAGUUUUACUUUCAUUUUGAACAAAUGUCUGCACUUAAAACAUCAUAGCGUAGUCUGAUUCCAAAUUCAGGAAUAUAUACAAUACUGUGCAAAAGUCUUAGACCACCCGAGAAAAUUAUGUUUAACGUUAUUUAUCUGGGCAUUGUGUUUAUUUGCCUGGAGAAAAAACACUAUUUAACAUUUAACAUUAGAAUAAAUACAAUUAAACAUUAAUACAAGGUUCCUUGGCCUUUCUUUCGAGGCACCGCAGCCAUUGUACGUGCAGUUCUAUUCCAUGUUUUGUGUUUGUUAAA